AUGCGUGUUCUCUCCAAUUCGACUAAAAAGAGUACGAAGUUGCUUUAUCCGAUCUCGAAGUACGUAUGCUAUGGACGCUUCUCCGCUAGACAUACGGCAUACCAGGUGACUACUGGUAAGAUUACUCCACCAAAGACAUAUAAUCAAGCUGUAGAGGAUGAACGGUUUAGGAAUGCAAUGGGUACAGAGAUUGUAGCUCUUGAAGAUAAUCAAACCUGGUAUAUAGUUGAUUUGCCACCAAAGAAACGAGCCAUCAGAUGUAAGUGGGUUUAUAAAGUGAAGUACAUGGCUGAUGGGACGAUAGAGAGAUUCAAAGUUCGCUUAGUGGCUUUGGAAAAUAAACAAGUUGAAGGUGUUGAUUAUAAGGAGACAUUUGCGUCUGUGGCAAAAAAAAAAGGACGGUCCGUUUAUUCUUGGAUGUGGCUACAAAACGAGGCUGGGAUGUGCAAAACGCAUUCUUGCACGAAGAUCUCACAGAAGAAGCUUAUAUGA